AUGGCCGAUGCAAGAAAUAUCAAUGAUGAUAAUGAUGAUAACAAUGAUGCGGCUAGACAAGAAGCAUUCGAGAACAGAGUCACUGAAGUAGCGGAAGGGGUUAUACAAGCCAAUCUACCACGGUUGGCUCAAGAAGUAGAAAGCCGAGUUCUGGGUGUGGUGGAUGCUAUGAUGACCAGUAGGUUUGAAGAAUUGAAAGAAUUAAUCGAAGGAUCCAAGGGUAGAGGUAAGGAACGAAGGUGCACUUAUAAGGAUUUUAUGGCAUGCCAUCCGACGACGUAUGACGGUAAAAUAGAUCCUAUUGAAUGUCAAAGAUGGAUCUCGAACAUAGAGGCGGUCUUUAUACGAAGUCGGUGUGAUAAGGAGGAUCAAGUGAUGUUCGCUACCGGUUUACUAACCCAUCAGGCGAAGGAUUGGUGGGAUGCUCACAGCAAGGAGGUAGGCGAAGACAGACUGCAAGUUAUGACUUGGCAGGAGUUUAAGGGGCCCUUCAUGAGAUAUCAUUGUCCUCAGUCGGCUAUCGACAAGAUUCAGGAGGAUUUCUUACGCCUCCGGCAGAAAAACGAAUCAGUGAAUGAAAUAGCAAACAACUUUAUGGAUAAGAUGAAGUUCUGUGGAGAAUUGGUAACAACCGAGAGGAUGAAGAUAAGUCGCUUUUAUGGCGUGUUAAAAGCAGAAGUUAGAGAGUUCAUCACUCCCUCAAAAUGUGAAACUCUUGAAGAGCUCAUUGAUUUAGCGCGGGAUAGAGAGAUCGAAAUUAAAAGACAAGAGGAGCGAGGUGAAAAGAGGCCGAGUGAAAAAGGUGCAAGUUUUAGUCCAUCCAAAAAGGGGAAGUUUCAGGAUCAAGGAAGAAAGGGUAAGUCGAAGGGUGGGAUUACACCAUGCAAGACGUGUGGAAAGCUCCAUACCGGAGAGUGUUUGUUAGGUAAGAAGGGGUGCUUUAAAUGUGGUAAGGAGGGGCAUUCGUCCUAUCAAUGCCCGGAUAACCCAAAGACUUGUUUCAACUGUUUCGAAAAAGGGCAUAUCAAGUCGGAAUGUCCAAAGCUUCAACAAGGGUCAAAGAAAGAAGAUAGGAAGCAAGAGGGUUCUAGGGCAAAGGGGAGAAUGUUUCAGAUCACGUCUGAAGAAGCCAAGUCCCAGCCAAAUGUGGUCUCAGGCGUGAAAGAAGAAGGUACAAGCACUAAGCAAGCGGAAGGAGCACAAGAUCGAGGUAAAGCACCUCUAUAG